AUGAAGCUUGAUGAAUCCUACACUGUAAAGGUGGCAGACUUUGGAAUGGCUCGAGAUGUGCUGGAGAAGGAGUACUACAGUGUUCAGGACCACAGGAAAGCCAAAUUACCCGUCAAAUGGAUGGCCAUUGAGAGCCUGCAGACGCAGAAGUUCACAACCAAGUCAGAUGUGUGGUCUUUUGGGGUUUUAAUAUGGGAGAUGCUCACACGAGGAGCCAGUCCGUAUCCUGAAGUUGACCCAUAUGACGUCACACAUUACCUUCUAAAGGGCCGACGGCUGCCUCAGCCACAAUAUUGUCCAGAUCCAUUAUUCACCAUUAUGUUACAGUGUUGGGACCCUGACCCUGAGAGGAGACCAACUUUCUCCACACUAGUGUCCGCUGUGAUGAGUAUUUUGUCCAGCCUGGAGGGAGAGCACUACAUCAGCCUGAAGGUCACAUAUGUUAAUCUGGACCAGCCCCGCCCCUACCCCGCCCUAACAGACUCUGCCGAUGAACAUGAUUCGUCAGAUGCCGCUGAUGAAGGCUCAGUCUCUAGCUGA